AAACAUGGCGACUCCGAACAAUCCGCGGAAAUUCAGCGAGAAAAUCGCUCUCCACGAGCAGAAGCAGGCGGAGGAGACGGCGGCGUUCGAAGAAGUGAUGAAGGACCUCAGCAUUACGCGGGCAGCGAGGUUACAGCUGCAGAAGACUCAGUAUCUGCAGCUGGGUCAGAACCGUGGGCAGUACUACGGAGGAUCUUUGCCAAACGUCAAUCAGAUCGGAAACAGCGUUGCAGACAUACCUUUUCAGAAUUCAGGGCUGGACACAAACAGAUCGACGCGACACCACGGGUUGGUGGACAGAGUCUACCGGGACCGUAACCGCAUCACAUCACCCCACAGAAAACCCCUGUCAGUCGACAAACACGGACGCCAGAUUGACAGCUGUCCAUAUGGCUCUGUGUAUCUGUCACCGCCACCGGAUACCAGCUGGAGGAGGACUAACUCGGACUCAGCGCUGCACCAGAGCACACUAACCCCUGCCCAGCAGGCCUCUUUCACUGGAGGAUCACAGGAGCUCCAGCCAAAACGAGUUCUGCUACUCACUGUUCCAGGGUCUGAGGCAGUUAAGCAAGAGGUUGAUGAGGAUGGGCAAAACCAGGAAUGGGACUGUAAAAAGAACAUUUCAGGGUCCAAGCCCUGCAAAGUUCCUGGAAUCCACAUAUUCCCGUCUCCGGACCAGCAGCUGAGCCCCACACUCAAACCAGCGGCCCACAACACUGGCGGUUCUCUGCCUGACCUGACCAACAUCCAGUUCCCUCCUCCGCUGCCCACUCCGCUCGACUCAGAUGACGCUGGAACUGCCUCCUCGUUCAGCUCCUCGCCCAGCACACAGACUCUGUCGAACACACAAGGAGUGAACAGCUCUCAGCCCACAGUUACCAUGGAAAUGGAGUCUGGGCAGGACAACAUGGUUCCUCUCAUCCUGAAUACAGGAGACUCCCACCAGCAACAGAACCUCCAGCUCUCGCCGACAUCCCCACCCCUCACACUCUCUCAGGCAGCCAUCAACGCUAUGAACCUUGAGCAGCAGCUGUCCCAGUAUGUCUUCUUCAACCAGCAGCCGUCAUCCGAGACUCACCAGAGCCAGCAACAGACAGGUCUGGUCCAGCUGAUGUCUUCCGUGAACUCCUGCCCCACGCUAGACAACCACAUGUCGUCACAAACCAACAUGACCAUGGACAUGAACACGGCUUCCUCCCUCCAACAGUACCGCAGUAGGGUCGGAUCCUCUGCCAAUCAGUCUCCAACCUCCCCCGUCUCCAAUCAAGGCUUCUCACCCGGAGGCUCGCCUCAACAUAACUCCAUACUGGGCAGCGUGUUCGCAGACUUCUACGACCAGCAACUCCCAUCGCUCCAGGCCAGCGCUCUGUCACAGCAGUUGGAGCAGUUCAACAUGAUGGAAACCCCCAUCAGCUCUGACGGCUUGUAUAACCAGACCUCCACCCUCAACUACUCCCAGGCGCUUAUGAUGGGAUUGACUGGUGGCCACUGCAACCUUCAAGACUCGCAGCAGCUGGGCUACAGUAGCCAUGGCAACAUCCCCAACAUCAUCCUCACAGUGAGUGGAGAGUCUCCCCCCAGUCUGCCCAAGGACCUGACAGGCUCGCUGUCCACAGAUGUCAGCUUUGAUAUCGACUCCCAGUUCCCGCUGGAUGAUCUAAAAAUCGACCCGCUGACGCUUGACGGCCUGCACAUGCUCAAUGACCCAGACAUGGUCCUUGCCGACCCCGCCACAGAGGACGCAUUUCGCCUCGACCGGCUCUAACCACCAUACAAACACACUUAUGCGCAGGUGUGUGAACGCUGCAUCCCUGGGGUGAGGCGGGGAGGGGAGGGGAGGGAUUCUCAUCUGACAUGAUAAAACUAGGAGGACAAAAUUUCCGGAGUAUGUUGGCAACAGCCUUGUCUGGGCUUUGCAGCGAUUUCCCCUCCAAGCAACCCAAUCGAACCCCACAAGAGCUUUUAAAAGAAAUACCAUUGUAAGAAAAUGCAUCCAAAAAAAAAGUUUUUUUGAAGACUGCUGCCAGUCUUGCCUCCGUUCUCUUAGGUUGUGAAUCAUGUUUGUGGUUCUGUCAUCUAGUUUUGAAGUGUUUUCAGAUACCUAGUUUUCACUUGAGCUUGAUGAAAAUAUCACAAGGGCAGAAGGAGCCUGGUCUCUAUCAAUGACUGACUAAGCCACGUCCACAGAGUCAAUCCUUAACAAACACACUCAUCUGUGCAGAGUCGCUCGUUGACUCAGAGGAAGCACCUGUCAAGUUGGACCUCCCUCUGUGCCAUGCUGGUCGUUCUCAGUCCUACUUUCAAUACGCAUAUUAGGUUUUGCCCUUUCCCCUACAUGGUUUGUUUUGCCUUAAUAGCUUAAAUUUUGGUUUUCAUGCAAAGACGACAAUUAUGUAAGUGGGGGGGGGCAUUUUUACUGUUCUAAAGGUGGUUUGGUCUACAGUGUUCACAGUUGCAUUACUGUAGUUGUGCUUUUGAGGUGCGCCGAUCCUUAUCUAUUACUUUAUCCAUCGUCACUACCAUGUCAUUCCUCACUCAUUUCAUCGUCAAAUCAAAGCGGAUACGUGAUUUUUCUUUUAAAAAACAGAUGUUUACAGGCUUGUUUUAUUGUCCGAUGUACAUGUACAGAAUGUGAUCAGAUUUUGCGUGACAGUAUCUAUGCAAAAUUACAGUGGUUGAUUUAGGACUGUAAGAUGAAACAAAAUGAACCCUUAAGUCGACGAAGCCAAUGUGCAGGAUUCUUUUGAGAAUGAACGGCGAUGGAUGGUGCCAUGUCAUGUUUAUUGUGAAACUCUUUAAAUUUUGCUUUCAUGCUAGUGAUGUGUAGAGAGAAACAAAGGCUUGGUGAGUGUGGCACACAGUAGAAACUCUCCUGGAUUACUCCCAAAGAUGUGACCUCAGUAUAGUUGAGAAUAAAUAUAUAUAUUUUUCCACACAAUUGAGCAGCCUCUAUACUAGAACAGCGUUGUUGAUGCAACAAGAAUGUAUUUAGGUCACAUCUGUACUGUUGUGUUGUUGCCAUGUUGUCAUCCUCAUCGCCUAUCAUAUCUAGCCUUUCUAAGUUUCCUGCAUGGCUUUGUUUCCUUUGCACUACGGUGACACUGAAUAUCAGCUUCUUCGUCACGCUCGUGUUGUGUGUGGCCUUUUGUUGAUUUGUCUAUCCACAGUCUUUGGUUCUGCAGUAAUAUGACUUCAUACAUUUGCUCUUCUGAAAAAAAAGUAAUUUUUAAUGAAUUGAUCUUUUGGGUUCACUCACAACUGUGUCCCAUACAUCAAUAUUGCACUUUAUGCAUUUAUUUAACACUGAUUUAUGAAAGUUUAAAUACUAACCGCCCCUGUGACUUGUGUGCACUGGACCUUGUAAAAAAAAAAAAAAAAAAAACCUGCAAAAAGUCCCAAAACAGAAAUAGGAAAAAAGCUAAAUGAUAGUUAUUUUGUCAUAUAUAGAUAUUCUAUUUAAAAGAGCAGUUUUUACUUAUUCAGUGAGUAUUUUGUCAGCUGUCUUCUGUUACACAGAUUUCUCUAAAUUUUGGAAGACAUUUGUAUUUUGGGACAGUAAUCAGAGAUGUAUCAUGUUCCAGUGUUUUAGCUCUUUCUGCAAGUGACAGCAGGAAAUGGAUAACUGUAACUAAAUGAACUAUAUUUAUAAUUAAUAAUCAAGUAACACAUUAAAGGUUUAUAAUUAAAAUAAUUAAAGAUACAGGUAUAGUGUGAAUUAUCAAAAUUAGUAUGUUGAAAAUUACCAGGACAGGAUCAAUCAAUCCCUGAAAAUAUUUUAUAGAACCCAUAUAUAUGUAUAUAUAUGUAUAUAUACAUAUAUAUGUCCACCUCCCAUCAAUAUUCUGAAAAAAAGCUAUUCAGUAGCUGCUACUUCAUAUUUAUUGUCAAGAUCCUUGUGUCGACAAAUUUCACAUUUAUUCUCAUAUGUGAAUGAAAUAAUUUUCUGGGAAAUGUGAUCAAACAAGCUGUAAUUUAGUUGCUGACCUUGAAGAUUCUAUUUAAAUAUCCUAAUGGUUUGGAUGCACCGUGGUUCUGACAAUUAAAGCAGAAUUUUUCCGUUUUGUUUUGUUUUCUACUUUAUGAUUUUGUGACUGCAUGACUCACUGGACACCUUUUCCCCAAUGGCUCUGGUUGUAUUUGUUUUGUUUUUCUUGUGUUGUAAAACUGUCUUUUGUCUCUCUUUGAUUCUGCAUCAUGAGUAGGCUAAGUAACUGCUGCGUGAAGCCUAAAAGCAUUGGAAAUAUGGAAAUCAGCCUUUUAUGCACAUGUAGAAGCUGUUGUUUGGUACUUUGUUUUACACUGCAAUCUUCAGUAUGUGCUCAUUUACUGUUUCGCACCCACUGGGUCUUAUUAUGUCAUGGUAUAGACUAGCUAUGUAUAUUUCUAUUAUAGAAACAAUGUUUUUUGUGCUUUAUGUGAUAUGAUGUCAAAGUUUGAAAAAAUGCACUGAGAACUACUGUGCUGCAAUACAUCGCCGUGGCUCUAUAUUCUCUGCUGUACCUCAGACGUUAUAGAAAACCUGACAUAUUUGUAUGUCUAUUUUCUGUUUUGAUAAUUUAAUUUUUUUUAACUUUUUUGUGGUCAUGUCGAUAGCUCUGACUGAUGUGUCGCCUGUUUCUGCCACCUUUUUAUGCAUCAACGUUCAGGUAUCCAUUGGUGUUUCACCAGUAUUUACAGAGACAAGAGUUUACAACAGAGCAAUGUUUGUUUUAUCUCCAUAUAAAACUUUGUUAAAUACUGUAUCUAGAAUAACAGGCUACAUAUGAACCACUUGCGGUGUAGAUGAACAGUGAAUCUGUAACGUAAUUUCAAUAAGCCCUAAAAGCACUUUUUAUUUAAUUAGCAGACUUUUAUUCUUGAGAAAUUCCCAUCCCAAAGUAUUUCUUUAAUCCACUACAUCACGUAAGAAGUUAUUUUAAGAGGAUAGGUGCUAUUUAUAUUUUAUUAAAUUGAGCAUUAUGUUAAAUCUGUCAUCAGCACUGUAUAUUCUGUUUCUUUUCUUUUUGUUAAAUCAACAGUUAUGCAAAAAAAAAGCCAAAGUUCAAAACAGCCAUAAAUGAGAGAAAACCAAGUGAAAAUCAAUUCUCGUAACUGUUGAAACAUAUCCUCGCCCUUGUUUUUCAAAAGUACUUAACUGGGGUAUAAUUUAUUUCAUAGUUAUCAACUUAUCAAUGUAUUUUUUUUACAUUGAACAUAACUAUUGGAAACCUGAAGCAUAACUUAAAGAGAUGUGGCUGAGUCAUCUUGUCCACUUGCUGGGAAAUCUCCUUUCUGCAUGAUACUGAAUUACAAAAUGUCAGAAAAGACCUUGACAUGUUGUGUAUUGCUUUUAAAUUUUUAAGUAUGUUGUUUUGCCUUUGUUUUAUAAAUCUGCUGUCAAGCACUAUUCUGUAGUGAAUAUAACUAUAUACAUCUUGUCUGAAAUAUAUCAUAGACCAACGUUAGGAAACAACAUUAGAAAUAACAGAUACAAAUAGACAAUAAUCAGCCCAUACAUACUGUACGUGGAUUGACUUUGUGACAUGUGAAAACACAAACUGAAUCAGGAAGAUGACACAGAGUCAUGGUCAUGCAUGGUCACUCGGUGGGUUACCCACAUCUAUGAAUCCUUCUUCGUGUAGAUUUUGAGGACAGCCCGUUGCUGGUUCAAGCCUCAUACAAUGGCAGCUAAAUUGUUAUAUAAUGUAUAUGUUUCUGAGUACAGUGAUACUAUUCCUAACUCUGCACAUGCAUCUUACUGCCAUGGAGGGGUGCACUGUGCUCUUAUUGUGCACUCCCAGCAACAGGAAACAUUAUUUUCAUAGAAUAUGCAAAAUCUAGCCGUCUGCAGCACAGCUUGGCAAAGUGGUUCUUUUUUGAGCUAACCCUUUAAAAAAAUGACAGGUUCAAACCUUGUUCUUCAAAUUGUUUUUUUUCUAAUUUAAACGUCAAAUCGGACCAAAAGAAUUUAAGUUGGCUGUAAAUGUGCGCUAUAUUCAAGAUGAAAUAUGCUUCUGUUUGAACUGUAGCUGAUGUAUUUUUCCUGUGUGGAGGCUUAUGUCUUUGUAUCUUUGCAUUAUUAUUUGUAAAUGAAAUGAGAAUAAAUAUAUCUGAAAAAGCA